AUGGUGGCGAGCAUGUGGCGGUUUUCGGGCGUGUUUGUCGUGAUGACGACGGUGUUUAUGCUGUGUACAAUGCAAGUCACAGCGCAAAAUACGCCGAUCCAGUCGCCGACAAACGCCUACUUUACCCCCUCGCAGACCUACACGCCGAUCACCACGUUGCAAUCUGUGACAAACGGCAAGCCGAUGACUAUUUCUGGUGUGGGCCCUGACCUCUCCACGAACCCGUAUACCUGGAACUACACUGCCCCCCAGUCGACGCUCGAUCCGACGACGAAUCCCGCGAUCAUGUCGAGCCUCGCCAAAGCCGGUGUGCCGGUCGGUCCGAGUGUGAGCAACCUGCAGCCGGACCCUGCGAACCUGCAGACGGCCGGUGCGAUGGCGCAUACGGUCAACUACGCGCUGCUGGCCCUUGCGGCCGUGCUAGGCGUGGCCGCCGCGCGGCUCUAA